AUGUGGGCACCUGUGCAUCCCACCUGCUGGAUGCUUGCAUGCCUCCUCAUAUUGCCUUGGCUGGUGACCCCUUGCCCUGAGAUCUGCCGCUGUUAUGGGACCCUGAUGCAGUGUGUGGAAAAGAACACCAUCACCAGUUUAUCCAGUCUUGGGCUAGUAGAGAAUCUCACAGAAAUUGUCAUAGAGAACCAGGAGGAGUUGUUGAACCUGACUCAGGCAGACAUGAAGAACUUCAAAGAAUUGAAAAAUUUGACAAUUUCGAACACUGGGCUGGAAUAUAUCUCGGAGGACGCUUUCCUAAUGAAUCCUCGGAUGACUCAUAUAAACCUAUCUUCCAAUUCUUUGGUCACCCUUUCAUGGAGAACGUUCUACCGUCUACCUCUACAAGAGUUGAUACUCACGGGAAACGAUUUCCAGUGUUCCUGUGAGGUGAGCUGGAUGCAGUAUGGUUUGGACAAUGUGGACUUUGGGAACCAGUCUCUAAGCUGCGGGAUGUACAAUGUGGAGAUUAUGAACAUGAACAUCUCCCAGUGUCAACACCCCAAAGUCAGCAUAGCUGAACAGAACUUGACAGUGUUCCAAGGUGACAACCUGACCCUUCUAUGUAAAACCUCCGGACAGCCUAAACCCACAGCUACAUGGAUUGUGCCUAAUGUGGAAGCACUUUCUGAGAUUGAGCAAUCAGAUCCUCCAGAUGAUGAGAUUUUUUUGCAUCUUUUCAACAUAUCUCCCGGAUUUAACAAGCAAGAUGUUACUUGUCGUGCUGAAAACAUGGCUGGGUACUCAGAGACUUCUGUACAGCUUGAUGUGUUAUUCCGUGCUGUGAUUAUUUCAUUAUACAAGGAAAUUCCUCAGCAUCAUUACUGCAUCCCAUUCACUGUGGACGGGAACCCUCGACCAGAGAUAAAAUGGAUGUUUAAUGGAGAAAACCUUAUGGAGAAUACAUUUAUUCAUACACAAAUUAUAGAGGAAAACAUCACUGCCCUUCAUGGCUGCCUUUAUCUUAACAAGCCAACGCACGUCAACAAUGGCAUCUAUACUCUUCAUGUGAGCAACAUGUUAGGUUCUGAUGUAAAAAAAGUUAAUUGCACAUUUAUGGAAAAUCCAUUCAGCUUCAACCCAGAAGAACCCAUUCCGGUGUCCCUGUCUCCUGAAGGUGGGAGCAACAGCACAUAUGGGAAUGCUGUGGAAAAAGUAGAUGAGCACACCUUUGGGGUCUCAGUCGCUGUGGGACUGGCGGUCUUCGCUUGCAUUUUCCUUCUUGUAAUGCUGAUAGUGCUUAAUAAGUGUGGAAGACAUUCCAAGUUUGGAAUCAACAGAGCGGCUGUGCUGGCUCAGGAAGAUGACCUGGCUAUGUCUCUCCAUUUCAUGAACUUCGGAGCAAGCCCUUUGACCUCAACUGAAGGGAAACUGGACGGCAUGAAACCCAACUUCAUAGAGAACCCACAAUAUUUCUGUGAUGCUUGUGUCCAACAUAUCAAACGGAGGGACAUUGUGCCAAAAUGGGAGCUCGGAGAAGGAGCUUUUGGUAAAGUGUAUUUGGCUGAGUGCUACAACCUUACCACUGAGAAUGAGAAAACAUUAGUGGCUGUAAAGGCUCUAAAGGAAGCAACAGAAAAUGCCCGCCAGGACUUUCAGAGGGAGGCUGAACUCCUCACUGUUCUACAACAUGAGCACAUUGUCAAAUUUUAUGGAGUCUGCACUGACGGAGAGCCCCUUGUCAUGGUGUUUGAAUACAUGAAGCACGGAGACCUCAAUCGCUUCCUGAGAUCCCAUGGACCAGAUGCCAAGAUCCUGGACAAUGGUAAUGGGCAGCCUUUUGGACAACUCAACCUGACACAGAUGUUGCAGAUUGCUACUCAGAUUGCUUCAGGCAUGGUUUACUUGGCAUCUCUCCACUUUGUUCACCGAGAUCUUGCAACUAGAAACUGUCUUGUGGGCACCAACUUGGUGGUUAAGAUUGGGGACUUUGGAAUGUCCAGGGACAUCUAUAGCACAGACUACUACCGGGUGGGAGGGCGCACAAUGCUGCCCAUUCGCUGGAUGCCGCCAGAGAGCAUCUUGUAUAGAAAAUUCACCACAGAUAGUGAUAUCUGGAGCUUUGGCGUGGUCUUGUGGGAAAUCUUUACUUAUGGGAAGCAGCCGUGGUACCAACUCUCCAAUACAGAGGCCAUAGAAUGCAUCACCCAAGGGCGAGAACUUGAGCGACCUAGAACCUGCCCGAAUGAGGUAUACAAUAUUAUGCAAGGCUGCUGGCAACGAGAGCCCCAGCAAAGGCUCAAUAUAAAGGAAAUCCACAAUAAGCUCCAAGGUCUUGUGAAAGCUCCGCCAGUAUACUUAGACAUUCUGGAGUAAACGGCUAAAUCAAACAUGUAUGUUGGUUUAGAAAAGGAACAGCCAUAUAAAAGGGAGAAGCUUGAAGAUGCCUUUAUCCCAUAUAUCAAUGUCCUUGUAAAGGAGCCUAUAAUAUUUACCAACAAUCAUUUAAAACAUGGCUUCUAGUAAACAAAGCUAGCUUAAAGCUGAACAAAAUGAACAAGCAAGCAAGAAAAACAAAGAAAAGCUGCCACUGAAAGUUAUCAUGCUUCAGCUAUUUAUGUGCGUUCAUCACUUGUGUAAGACUUCCUCAAAACAGUUUACAUGACAGAGCACAUACUCAAGGACUCAGAGACUUCUGAGACAAGAUACAAUGUCAUUAUCAUUUCUUCCUGGUGGUUGAGGCUUCCAGACGCGUCAUUUGUACUCAUCUAUCAUCUUCUCUAACUUUCACAAUUGGCUUACAAAUAGCUACCAUUUCAGCUGGAAGACUGAUCUAACACUGACUGAAAUACAACUACUGUAAGAAGACUGCUAUGUUAAGCAAUUUAAUGCUGAAUGGAUUUAAUGGUAGCUACCAUCUUGUACACAAUCACUGUCCCACAAAGCAUGUUAUUUAAAAUAUAAUCACAGACUUUCUUUCAAUUUAUGAAGGAGAAUCCAUUUUUGUUGUAUGGCUAUUUAGCAACCUGCUGUUCAAAACAUUGGAGGUGAUCUUAAUAUUUGAACUGUU